AUGGGGAUGGAACCGUGGCGGGCGUCGAACCUCGCCGACUCCUCGCUCCAGUGUUCUUGCUCGCCACUCUGUCCUGAAAUUCCUCGGUUAUUCAUUAAAAAUAAUCAUCUGAUCCUCGCGCUAGCAUAGCACGGCUUACAGGAGACGGCAUUGCUGACAGGAACAACGACCCAUCCGUGUAUUAGUGGGUCGUUGUUCUUGUCAGCAAUGCCGUCUCCCAUAUAUCUCACUAAUCCCUCUCGAGUGGCUUCUCGAGAGGGCGGGCGGAGCGCUGGGUUAGGCUUGUGCUGGCCUUGUGAUUGUAACUUAUGCACAGCGAGGUACAGUCUAAUCCAUCCACGUUUCUCUUUUCCUUCGUAAUAAAUCCACUGAACUACCGUUUUUACUGUCGCAUCAAAAGGGUGAUCACCCACGUCUUCAGCACCCAUCCUCGCCAUCAGGUGCAUCGCCAGCUAAAUUUCCCGCGUAAAAGGGUAACAUCUUUGAGGCCUGGUACGAAGGCAGCCCUUUUCAUAAGCACAUUUCUACGACCUUCUUCAAGACCGCAAAUCCAAAAUGAUUCGCGCCAUAGCAGGGAUAUCUCCCCCUGUACUAUUAUGCGUAUGUAUGUACAUAUACAUAUAUAGCUACGAAAUUUGCAACUAAAUUUUAUCACCGCUACAAAGUGGUAUUAACCAAAUCAACGGCGAGAGGGAGAACCUCAAACAAAUUCAUGAUAAGAAGGGAAAAGUAUAAAGUUGCAAAAACACGUCAGACAUGAAGGAUUUUAUGCUAAAAAUUGAACAAAUUGAAAACGAGUCCCAGUUGCAUAAAGAAUUGGUUAGUGCAGACGAGCUUAUUUUCGUUCUAACUGCACGACAUCACGUCAAGUGCAUAAAAAAUAAUAUGAGCGUCAAACUUGGCUUCAUUUCCCAAAGUCAGUCUUUUUGUUGUGUUUGCUUAUUAUUGUUUUUUAUGCCCCAGUGACUUCAAUUUAUCACGCGUUGCUUAUUAGAUGACUGGUUUUUGCUGGACCACGAGGGAAACCUGUGUGCAACGAAGUAUCAAUCCGUUUGUCGGGCUUUAUUUGUUCUUCUCUCAUCCUGAGGCAGAUGCCUCGUGCACCAGUGGUGUUCUUUGCGGGCCUGUGGUUCGAGAAUCCUCUAAUGACCUUUUAUUUUAUGCUUAAUUCAUGCUCAUUAUGUUGUAUUGUAUGUAUUAAACUGUAUGUACUGUAUUAAACAUGUAUUAAACUAGGAUAAAUGCCUUUAUACAUUUGUAGUGCUCUGGUUUUUGUAUGAUAAACAACCCAAAAGCAUGUAAAGGAUCCUGCUUUGAGAUGCAGGAUAAGUCACACUCGAUCGUCAGGCUAGCUGUUCACUUACCUGGAUUCCACGGUUUUAUUCGUGCAAGGUGAUCAUGAUCAUACACGUAAAUCAUUUACAACUCUUACGGCAUACUUCGAGCUAAACAUGCAAUAUGCCUAGAUGGGUGACAAUUUACAUCACGACUCUGCGACUGAUCCCAUGGAACUUUACUACUACCAGCUCCCUGGGUAUUCACAUUCAAGCCACGUCGUGGUCGGAAAGCGAGGGAACGCUUCAGAAAAUAUAUUGGAAGGAUGUACAUCGUUCCGCCUCGAGACACCGAACGAUAUUGCCUCAGAAUUCUGCUACUGAACAGGAAAGGUAAAUUAUUUUUUGAAGAUCUACGAACAGUGGACGGCGUUACAUAUGGAAUUCCUCGAUGAAGACAGAUGCUCCCGGCAGAGCGUGCAGGAGGAAGCUCACUACCAGUCAGCAGCAUGCCUCCAGAGUUCUUUUGCCUGCUUGCUUUAAUUUGCGGAAGUGGUUCAUGCCCAGGAUUUGUGGAACGAAUUUGCCCAAGCAGUGUCAGAUGACUUCAUCUAGCAGAGAAUCGAACGUGAGCUUGCUAUAGCACAUGCGUACUUUGAUGUGCUGUGCUCGAAUGGCAGUUCUAGGCAUCGAUUUGCGUGAGACCGUUACUCCUCCCAUUGCUGAACGUCACGUAGCACCUCCUGUGACGGUGGACCAUGAAGAGCACGAAAGGAACGGUAUGCUGCAAUAUGAAACUCUCAAUACAGAACAAAAGGCCGCCGCAGACGACAUAAUCGAUGCACUAGACAGACCUCACAAUCGAUGCAUUUAGACGGACCUGGAGGAAGUGGGAAAACUUACUUAUACAGCACUGUAUACAACAUUGCUGUUGGAAGAAGACUUGAAGUAGCUUGCAUCGCUUGGACAGGAACAGCUGCUAAUCUCCUGCCAGGAAGGCGAACAGUUAAUUCUAUUUUAACCUCAUCAUUGCUGGUUGUAACCGAACCUUUACUAUGAAACAUGAACAAAAGGAAGAUAGAGAGCUGUUUUCAACGGACAUUAUAAUCUCGGCCGAAAGUUCUAUGACACCAAAAGUCACUUUGGAAGCUGUCGACACCCUUCUAAAGGAUAUCAUGCGAAACAGUGAACCGUUUGGCGGGAAGAAAAUGAUUAUUGAUGGAGAUUUCCGCUAAGUCCUACCAGUAGUCGAGCAUGGUGGAAGGCAGGACUCCGUUGAAGCCUGCGUUCACAAAUCCGCUCUUUGGUCGUUGUUUACCAUUCACCAUCUGAGCGUCAACAUGAGAACAGGAGACGAUGGAAACGACUGACAUAAACGUUCCCUUGGAAUAGGCAACGGAGACAGCAACGAUGCCGACGAGUGUGUACAGAUGCCUGAAGAGAUGAUGUGCUCUUCGAAUAUUGUUACGGAGACAUUCGAAGCCACCCUCGACGAGGAUAGGACGUCCGAAUUGUACGAAUGUGCCAUCCUUGCACCGAAGAAUGUCCACGUACAGCGCUUAAAUACCACAGCCCUUGGCCGUCUGCGUGUAGAGAGAUUUGAGGACGAAAAAACUUACAAGUGUCGAUAAAGCUAUUUACUUGGAAGGGCAGUAAAACCAACUUUCCCAGCAGGAAUACGUGAAUUCCUUGACACCCGCUGGCAUGCCACGCCAUGAGCUGCGUCUCAAGAGAGAGACUCAAGAGAGUUGUUAUCUUUCUGAGGAACCUCGAAGUGACAAAUGGAUUUUGUAAUGGAACACGAUUGCGAAUCGAAACACAAAGACGUUUCACACUCGGUUACAUAUUCAUCGGCGGGGACGGAGCAGGCCAGCUUGCCAUCAUUCCAAAAAUGGACAACUACUGGGAAAAACAGGUCCUUUUUCGCCUUCGCAGACGACAAUUCCCUGUGCGAGUAGCCUUUGCAAUGACAAUUAAUAAAGCACAAGGGCAGUCUUACAACAAAGAGUGUGUAUAUCUUCCACAGUAUGUUCUUGAUCACUGCCUAUUAUACGUUGCUCUUGCGUGCGAGGACUUCCAGUGA